AUGGAUAAUUAAUUAAAUCGGUCGAACACAGUUAAUAUUGAUAUUAGUUGUAAGUCUUUUAAUUAUAUUGGCAAGCAUACAAGAUAGCAUCUACAAUCGAUACUAUCAAAGAAACAUAAUUGGAAAGAAAGAGAAACCGAUCAAAGCGUAGACUUCAUGCAGCUUCCUUUCAUGUAGGGAAAGAUGUAUAGAAUAAUUAGGAAAAAGGGGAAAAACAAAGACAAGAGGAUCAUUCAUUGGAUUAAAUAAGAAGAAACUAUGUACAAAAGAUGAAAGCAUUCCCUAAGAUUGAUGCUUAUAAACAUCUCAAAGGUUAUUUACAGUUAUAGGAUCAAGAAGUUAAGAGAAUCAAAAACAACACUAAUUAGUUGUCAUUUGGAACUCUGUACCCUUAGAAUGAGUAGGAGGAGAACUAAUUAUCAAGUUUCUUGGUUGGGACAUCACCAAUAAGAAGAAACUAUUCUAAUAAUCGAUAUGUAUCAGAGAGUCCAGCAAGAUUUCUUCAUAAUCAAGCUAUCCCAAAUUUAGAUGAAUAUUUGAAGGAUAGAAGGGCUCGCAAAUUAAUAAGAUAGACAAUAACCAAAAAAGAGGUAGUCCCAUUAAUAAAUAUGGAUUUUAGCAACUUGAAUAACAAAUCUAAGAUCUGGAAAAUAAAAAGUUUAAAUUGCAUGAGAAGACUCAGGACCCUAGAAAUCUAAGUUUGAAUGAGUUGAUUGAAAAAUAAGUUCAUAAAUACAUCCCUUAUAAAUUUGAUGCUAAAGUAGAUACUCGUAAAUUGUAUAAUCUAUGAGUAUUAUUUAGAAAUACAGAGAAAAUAAUUAAAUCUUCUGAAGAGGUUCCCAUGACUAUGUUAAAAGAGAAAUUAUUGACAGACAACAUUAAGACUAAUGGUGAAAUGUUUAGCAGUAUUAAUCCAUUGUAGUUAUAAUUAUAUUCUAUAACUGACAAGAUUCUGUAAUUCCAUAAAUCAAAAUGUAAUGUUUUUAAUAUUAAAGAAAAGUACAAUUCUGACAUGAUAAAAUCUUUGUAAAAGAGUGAUCACAACAGGAGACAAACUUUGUUUCAUAAACACAUGGUUUAUCAUUAAGAAUAACAAUAUGCUAGUAGUUAAAAGGAUUUAUUUUAUGUACAAUAAGAAUUAAUGUCAAACUUGAAUUAAAGAAUACAUUAUAAUGAAAAUUUAACUAAGAAAUUCCAAAAAUUAAUCACCAUUUUGAGAGAUGGACAGAUCGAAUUAGAAGAUGAUGACUUAUCUAUCUUGAAUGAUCUCAGAUAUAUUAUACUCAAAGGAAGAAAUUUAAGUGAUGAAGACUUCUUGGAGUUAUUAAGGUUAAGAAACUUUACUAUUUCUUUGAGUUGUUUAGAAUUGAUUGUGAACCACCUUUUUCCAAAUAGCAAAAAUGAUAUAAUCAAAGAAUACAAUGAAAAUCAUUGUUGA